AUCCAAGCCUAGCUACAGGGGUUUUUCGGUUGUAAUUUAUUAAUAUUCUUUAAUAAUAAUGUGAGUUUUGUAAUUAAUAUAGUUUCGGUUUUUAUUCCAACCAAAGUUGUGCUUUAAAUUGAAGAAAAUUAAAUUAAACCAUUGUUUAGUAUGUAGUAGUGAAAAUAGGCCUAUCUUCUGCCUAUGCUGUAAGAAUUGUUCUGUAAGCAAUAUGCAGGCUAAAUGCUGUAGCUGCACCUAACCUUACUUUUCACUUGGCAAUUGGCAGCAAAAGAACUGGAUAAGUUGGGCCUGUCUGUCCAAUUUUAGAGUUUAGACUUAUAAAAAUCAGCAAAUAUUGCACAUAAGCAUGAAAAAUGCAGUUGCGAGCAAUAGGCCUAGCUGUGAAGACAAUUGGGUCAGGAGAUUUAGUGUAUCUGAUCCAUUCAAACACAAUAAAGGGUUUACCCUGUAUAAAAUAACAUCAUUGGUGUACCCAAAAAAGUAUCCUGAAGCAAUCACUACAAUUACCAUAUGGAAAAGAUAUAAUGAUUUUAAAAAGUUGCACAAAGAAUUGAAAGCUCGCCAUAAAAAACUUAACAUCUCCGAUGAAUUUCCCUCAUUUGUAAAGGCAAAAUUUUUUAGUCGGUUUGAAGCCGAUGUUGUUGAAGAAAGACGCCAAGCAGCCUUCACUUUGUUGGAUUAUGUCGCUCAACACCCUUUGUUGUUCACAUCUGAUGUAUUUGUGAAAUUCUUUGAGAGCGGUUAUACUGUGGACAGUGAGACAGGGAAUGUCAGCAACUCAGCUGCAACAAGGUCUUCUUCUCCUUUGAUAUUUACAAACUCCAAACAUGAUCCUGAUACUGGCCAGCCUCCAGGACCGGGCAGCUCUGAUGAUGAACACACCAGCUUUACCACUGACACAGACUCCAUCAGCUCUCCUGUACAGCCUACACUGUGCGAGAGUCCACAGGACCUGUCAGUGGAAGAGGAGACAUGGAGCAGCCAGCCCUCACAACUACAGCAAUCCCAGUCCCAGACAACACUUAGUAGCCUUGCCUCUGUAGAAAGUCUCUUCUCUAGAAGAAUUCAAUCGUUCAAAAACCGCUUCAUUGGUGUCAGCUCUGAAGGAAAUGAUAAUCGAAACAAAGAGGCGGAGACAUCAAGAUACUGGACAGAGGCACAGAAAGUGAUCUCAACUGCAGAAGAGAGAGAGAGACUCGGUGACCACCAGGAAGCCUUCAACUGUUACAAGGCAGCCAUAGCACAGCUGCUCAGUGGAGUACAAAAUGACACAGACCCUGAUAGGAGAAAGUUGGUCCGAGAGAAAACUUCUGAUUACUUGUGCAAAGCUGAGUUUAUUGCAAAUAACUUUCUUUCCACUGAUGUCAGUACAACCAAAAAAACGGACAGUGACAUUGUGCCAUUGUCUAGGCUGUGGCAGCCUCUCUCAGACCUCCAAUACUUUAAAGUAGUCGGUGUCCUCAACAAAGUGAUGCUAGUCAUUGAUUCUCGGACUAAUUUCUUAUUCAUUAUUAAGGCUCUCUACAAAUCUGCUCACCCAGUCAAUGAGAACAAACGGUGUAUUUUCCCUCGUCGUAUUCCUUACGUAGUUGAACUGAACUCAAUCUAUGAAACAGAUUCUUCAGUUUUCCUGGUACUGCAGUAUUUCAGCGGUGGCAAGCUGUGGGACUACAUAAGUCCGUUCUUCCAAAAGCCUCAAGAGACCCCACUGAAGACUAGACGGAGUAGCAACAACAGCAACCCUUACAUUGGCCGACGCUGUCUCGAGCCAGACCUCGUGUCUAUCUCCACAUCUGACUCCUGCCCUUCACGUCUCAACAUGCAAGGCGAGGACUCUGAAGUAAGAUCGACACUGUCCAGUCCAGGAACAAGUUACUUGGAUCUCAUAAGAGAUUACGCAGCCAACAAGAAAACAGAUCAACCUUCUGCAGAAUCUGCUCAACCUGACAGCUAUGACAAUCCUGAUCCGGCCAACUCACCGGUCUACCGUAUUGUCACGGACACUUUGAGUUGCAACAACAACGCCUCAGAAAAUCUUCCUACCUUGACAGCUUCGACUGACAACUUGUAUAGAGAUGUGCUCACUCUGGUCAACUCUGACUUUAAACUCAAUAUAGAAGAGAGUGUAGAUAUUGAGACAAAGGAUCUAGUUCAACACGCUCAAAGACUGUUACAAUCAGUGGAUGCAACAUUGCUUGAGAGUGAGAGUAUCAUCAGCAGAGUGGAGCUACAUCAUCAGAGCACACCUGAUGACAGACUCACUGCAACUAUCCCCCUCCCCGAUGAUAGGUUGACCAGGGACAUUGAUCUUCUUUCUGUGACAUCCAAUCACUCUAACAAGUCUCUGGACAUUCCUCGACUGGUGCACAACCUCAGUUCCAAGGGCUCAUCUCUAGUCAGUUCAGUGGAGCCUGAUGCUGCACCUCAGUGGUGUCAAUUGGAGGUUGGAGGUCCUGGCAUAGCAGAGGACACUGUUAGACGCUGGGCUGCUCAACUAGUGACUGCACUGCACGCGUUACAUCAGAUGGGAAUCAUCUGCAGGGACUUGAAUCCAGAGAAUGUGUUAGUGAGUGGCAGCACGGUGCGUCUGACAUACUUUUGUAGUUUUCCUGGAGUAGAGCCUCAGCUGAGCACACAAGCCAUCAACCAUCUGUACACAGCCCCUGAGUUGUGUUCCAUCUUCCCCAUCACCCAAGCUGCAGACUGGUGGAGCCUGGGGACAUUGUUGUACCACCUCCUCACUGGCCAGGUAGGUGUAACGUGUUGUAGCCCUGUAGGGCCUCAGCUGAGCACACAAGCCAUCAACCAUCUGUACACAGCCCCUGAGUUGUGUUCCAUCUUCCCCAUCACACAAGCUGCAGACUGGUGGAGCCUGGGGACAUUGUUGUACCACCUCCUCACUGGCCAGGUAGGUGUAACAUGUUGUAGCCCUGUAGGGCCUCAGCUGAGCACACAAGCCAUCAACCAUCUGUACACAGCCCCUGAGUUGUGUUCCAUCUUCCCCAUCACACAAGCUGCAGACUGGUGGAGCCUGGGGACAUUGUUGUACCACCUCCUCACUGGCCAGGUAGGUGUAACAUGUUGUAGCCCUGUAGGGCCUCAGCUGAGCACACAAGCCAUCAACCAUCUGUACACAGCCCCUGAGUUGUGUUCCAUCUUCCCCAUCACACAAGCUGCAGACUGGUGGAGCAUGGGGACAUUGUUGUACCACCUCCUCACUGGCCAGGUAGGUGUAACAUGUUGUAGCCCUGUAGAGCCUCAGCUGAGCACACAAGCCAUCAACCAUCUGUACACAGCCCCUGAGCUGUGUUCCAUCUUCCCCAUCACACAAGCUGCAGACUGGUAG